AUGUAUCCAGUUGGGGAAGACAAGGUGCCUGAUGCUUUUAAAAUUAAAUCAAAAUUUGACCUUCCACCUGAAAUUCAAUUGGAUGUAUUUAAAUGCCUUGAUUUUACUCAAUUAUUGGAUGUUCAACAAACAAAUGUUUAUUUCAAAAAUUUUGUGAAUGAACAUGGAAAAGUGUUGGCGAGGAAGGAAUUUGACAAACUUGAAAUUUUCUCUAUCGAUGACCCAAAUAUAGAUGAGCGUAAAACGCGUGUUCCGCAGACUAAACUUUAUGACUUCAAAUUGGAUGAGCACAAGCGUGAUUUUGGAUUUUGUGAUCAAAAUGAGCUAAACUUAUUUAAAAUUGGCCGAGAAUUUUAUAAUUUUGAAUUGACUGGAGAACUUGAAAAAAAGUGGAAACGUGGAAUAGAAGAAUCGAUUCCCAUGUUUUUACAAACUGUUGGUAAAGGAAACUUUGAAGUCGCUGUUUUUCAAUUGGAACAAAAUUUUUAUUCGGAAAGAGAAUUAUACUACUUUCAAUUGUCAAAAUAUCCAAAAAAUAUCGAGGAAAUGAAAAUUGCUCGUUAUUUUUUCCAACUACUAUUUAACUGUUCUUUCCAUUUAUUUAUAAUUCAUAUAGUUGUAAUUAACCCAAAAAUGAUUGAAUUGUUAUUUGAUGAUGACAUCAAAGUUCCUCUACAAAUUCAUUCACAAAAAACUUAUUUAUAUCUUAACGAGCUAAAUUCUUUAAAUUUUGUUUGGAAUCAUUUGGUUACUGAUCAUCUUCUUGUUGAUAUUUGUUCUGUAGUUUUUGACAUGGAAAAUUAUGUGGGCAUUUUAUUCAAAAUUUUGGCUUAUGGAGGAAACAAAUUUUCUAGUAUUACACUUGAAGUUCUUGACUCAAAACUUUACAAUUUUAUUAUAGAGCAUAUAGAAACAGCUUUAGACAUAACAAAAAUUGUAAAAAGAAUUAAAUUUGUCGCAAUGUAUGGACCUCUACUUUUAAGUAAAAUAGCAAAAAAUUUACAAGUCACAGUUAAAGGCAAUGUUCAAUAUACAAAAUUUCAACUUUUCAAUAUCUACAAUCCAAAAAUUGAGUUUUCUGUAUACAUUAAAGAAGGCUAUGGUUUUGUUUAUGUGCCGCCAGGUUCUGAAAAUAAGUUGCCAGCAUUUAGAGUUUUAAUUGAGAAAAUUGAAUGA